AUGAGUUUAAUACAUACGCCAAUCAUGAAUGACCGUUUGAAUAAUAUUGAUAAUCCUAAUCAUCAUAUGAGAUCUCAUAGUUAUACCGAGUUGCUUCAAGAAGCAAGGAAAUCGGUAGUUACAAGACAUAUAAAUAAGAGAUCUUAUAGUGAUGAUUUAUCAUCAACCCCCAGAAAAAGAUCUAGAACUGCUCCACCUUCUCCGCCGUACGAAUCAUUCAACGUUACUUGUGCAACCACCACGAAUAAUUCACAAUCUCCAUUACCUGAACUUCAUCCGACAAGAUUGCUGCUGUUUGAUCAACAUAAUAACACCCUUGCGGCAAAUCCCGGAUCUGCCAGAUCUAGGUCUCUAUCUCCAGGUAAACGAUUCGUUAACCCAUUAUCACCAUCAAAUUCUCCAAAGUCAUCUCCAGUCAUUAUCUCAGCACCACCACCAUUGGAGACCAAAGCACCCGAGCAAGAACAAGAGCAAGAAGAGGAAGAAAAGAUUCGAUUACCUAGUAUUGCAGCCGCAUUAAAUUCCGCACCAAUCACCCCCAGAGCUCCAAUUAAGUUGAAACCAAUCACCCCAACUGUUUCAUUGGAUUAUUUUGAUACCUAUAAACCAAAUGAUGAAAAUUGGAGAUAUGAAUUGUUGGAUAAGAUAACUAAAGAAUCUCGAGCAUUUAAUAUUAAUCAAUAUAAUUAUCUUAAUAAGUAUGCAACUCGUGCAGCAUCUACAUCAUCCACAGUCACAUCAUCAGCCACAAGGGAUAGUUCAGUUGUCACUACAAAUACUAGUGCGACGACUUCAAUCACAUCUCCAAGUAAACCAAACUUUGAUUCAAGGAUAAGUUCAAAGCUUAUAAACAACAAGACAACAUUAUUACCUAAGAUGAAUUAUGAUGAACGAAAAAUCAAUUUCCCAUAUGAAUCAAAUUAUACUUAUUUGAAUCAAACUUAUUUAAAUGAUGUUAAGAUGUAUCCUGAAUAUUUAGAAUUAGCACAAUCAUUGAUUCAAUUAUCUCGUCGUCCAGAACAACUGAUAUCUUCAUCUCCAACCGAAUCUAAUAUCAAAACUGUUGAGACACCAUUACCAACCCCACGUACUAUAAAUAGAACCGUUCCAAAAACCCAACAACAACAGCAACUUCCACAAUUAUCCCCAAUAGAUUUUGCUACUACUGCUACUACCGUUCAACCACAUGCAUACGGGGAAUAUAAUAGUUAUAACCUUGCAACAUCUCCAGUGAUUUCAAGCUAUGUAACACAACCAACUUCAUACUAUCCAACCCCUACCACCGCCACCAGUCUCCCACCAAUUUCUUCAAUCAAAACAACAAUGAUGACCCAACAACAACAACAACAACACAAGAUGGUUCCAUUAACUCCACCAUCAUCCUCUCCAUCAGCCAAGCCAAAGUCAGACAUUUUAAAAUCCCCAUCUUCAAAACACCAACAACAUCACUACCACCAUCAUCAUCACAAUACCCCAAGAGUAUGUAUUUCAUGUGGAUCUGACCAAUCACCAUGCUGGAGACCAUCAUGGUCAAUUAAGGAAGGACAAUUAUGUAAUUCUUGUGGGUUGAGAUAUAAGAAGACGUCUGCUCGUUGUUUGAAUUCUCAAUGUAAGAAGAUUCCAGCAAAAGGUGAAUGGGCAUUGAUGCAAAGUAAAGGAAUGGUACAAUUUGGAGAUGGAAUUGAUGGAUAUAGUUGUUUAGAAUGUGGAUGGAGAGUUGAGGUUAAGAAGUGA